AUGCUGUCACAGAAUGGGUCAAUGCCAUAUAAUCCCUCGUCAGAUCACAGUGUCUACACCAACGGACUCUCAACUUACGGAGCAGAUGAAAGGCAGACGUCUCCGAUAUUACCAGCAACUAAUGGCAACUAUGUAGCAAGCAAUGGCAACCACUGCCCAAGUACCGACAAAGGACGAUUUGUAUCACAGCAGGCCCUAUGGCGAUCCCAAAGCCAUCUUCAGUACGUGACCAGGGUUGUACGCAGGGUUCGCAGGAGCAGCAACAACGCGGAUAGCAAGCUCAAAUCCUCGAUAUUAGCAGCAGACAUCCAAGAUGGGCCCGCCGUAGAAACGAAACAUGAUGAGAUUCCGUCCGAGUACUUGGCGCUCGACCCAUCGGAGCAAGACGAUGAUAACAUACACGCCAACGAUGAGGACUUGAAGAACUCACGGCCGAUAACGCCAUCACCGUCGGAGGUCUUGUCGCACCAUAUUUGGUUCGCCGAGAGGCUCAAGGCCAAGGCCCAGGAAAUGGCUCGGGAGCGAGAUCAGAUUAGCGGAAGAGAAAGCGAGGGAUGCGUUUACGACACUAUUGGGGUUACUGCAGUGAAUACCGACGACUAG